AACAUCAAGACUAUUGUAUUACAGCUAAGCAGUAAAACUAACAUCAGCGUGUGAUUUACUCUAGGGCUGCUUACAUAUUGCUCUUCCUGAUCCACUUUGAAAGUUUAUGGUCAGGUUUUCUUUUUCAUUUCCUGGUGCUAUAAACCUAGCAGGCGGCUCAGAAAGGGAGCUCGCUGUAGCUUGCAGGAGUGAGCGUGGUUUUAUUAUAAUUUAUCCUGCAGCUGAUCCACACAGACGUCCUGAUACUGAAGGUUACCUGGCGGACGGGCUGCAGAAUGAGAACCUGAGCGCUAGAGCGAGAGACCAGAGAGAGGCGAUUCUGGUCGGCUUCCGGCAAGUUAAGACCAGGUACCACUUGGAAUUUCUGCCCCGAGGAGGGGAUCAGGCUGAUGCUUACUUCGGACAGGACAGCUUUGAUGACAACCAGAGCUGGAGUUUCGUCCCUUCCACUGUGUCAGAUGCGUCGCUUGCAUCGGAUUACCAGGAUGACGGGUCAGAGGACGGCAUACAGAAACCUGCUCAAGAGCUGGGGACAGUUUUGAAGCAAGGCUACUUGGAGAAGAGGUCCAGAGACCAUGGUUUCUUUGGCUCGGAGUGGCAGAAGCGAUGGUGCGUCCUCAACAAAAGGACCUUUCUGUACUAUGCAAAUGAAAAAAGCAAGCAACCGAAAGGGACUUUUCCCAUUGAGAGCUACAGUGCCCAGCUGGCUUUCCACCUGCGCAAAGACUCCCGAAGAGAAUCCUGUUUCAAACUCAUGAGCCCCGGCAAACGCAGCUACGAGUUUACAGCUUCCAGUCCUGCAGAGGCGAAAGACUGGGUGGAUCAGAUCCAGUUUCUGUUAAAGGACAUGAGCUCCCUCACCAUCCCGUACGAUGAGGAGGAGGAGGAGGAGGAGGAGGAGGAAGAGGAAGAAGCUUACGAUGACAUCGACGGCUUUGGCUCGCCAAACGCGAAAUCCCACAAUAACCUCAACAUGGAGGAGGUGGCAGCGGCCAGUGGGGAGGAGGACGAGGACAUCUAUGAGGUUCUACCAGAUGAGGAGCUUGACUCACCCGUCCUGGAGGACAGAGAAGACGCUGGAAGUAAAGGGAAAACAGGCCUCCGCACAAGAGAUUAUGCAAACUACUACCAAGGCAUGUGGGACUGCAGCAGCAAUCAGCCGGAUGAGCUGUCUUUCCAGCGUGGGGAUCUCAUCUACAUCCUGAGCAAGGAGUACAACAUGUAUGGCUGGUGGAUCGGCGAACUGAACAGCGAGGUGGGGAUCGUCCCAAAGGAAUACCUCACAGCCGCCUACGAACUGGAGGGAAGAUGAUCCAAUGGACUCCCUGGUGCCACUCUCCCCGACAUACUGAACAGCCGCCCCCACCUUGGGGGUCCUCUCCCCUGCUGCCCCUCGGGCACCUAUGGAAACCUUCUCCACCUCCACGUGAAGAGACUCACAUCCCAACACCCACGUGGCUGCUGUUUUCACAGAGCAUCCCGUUCGUCCCCGAGCCAAUUACCAAGCUAACGCACACACCCUUCCAGAGUCCGUAAUAUCGGCCUCAUUCCCCACUUGAUUCGGAAUGACACGUGGCUUUGUACGUGGCUCUUACCCCAGCUGACGAGACGCCUGAGCAAUCGGCCAACGUAGGGGCCACUUUUGUUUCCUUUUGUGAGCCGGGGGGAAGACCCAGAAUAAAGAGAUUCUCUUUUCGUU